AUGCCUUUGUCAGCUUUUCUCUCCGAGUUUUUGUCAAUGUCUCGUUCAAGCACAGAUAUUUUCUCCUCCACUCUCUUUAUCUCUCAUGUGAGAUCUUUUGUUCUCCCACUUUCUCUCUCUCUCUCACAGAUCUUUUGUUCUCCCACUCUCUCUCUCUCUCUCAGAUCAUUUGUUCUCCCACUCUCUCUCUCUCUCUCAGAUCAUUUGUUCUCCCACUCUCUCUCUCUCUCAGAUCAUUUGAUCAUUUGUUCUCCCAGAUCUCUCUCUCUCUCUCAGAUCAUUUUUGUUCUCCCACUCUCUCUCUCUCAGAUCAUUUGUUCUCCCCACUCUCUCUCUCUCAGAUCAUUUGUUCUCCCACUCUCUCUCUCUCUCAGAUCAUUUGUUCUCCCACUCUCUCUCUCUCUCAGAUCAUUUGUUCUCCCACUCUCUCUCUCUCUCUCAGAUCAUUUGUUCUCCCACUCUCUCUCUCUCAGAUCAUUUGUUCUCCCACUCUCUCUCUCUCAGAUCAUUUGUUCUCCCACUCUCUCUCUCAGAUCAUUUGUUCCUCCCUCUCUCUCUCAGAUCAUUUGUUCUCCCACUCUCUCUCUCAGAUCAUUUGUUCUCCCACUCUCUCUCUCUCAGAUCAUUUGUUCUCCCUCUCUCUCAGAUCUCUUUGUUCUCUCUCUCUCUCAGAUCAUUUGUUCUCCCCUCUCUCUCUCAGAUCAUUUCUCUCUCUCUCUCAGAUCAUUUUGUUCUCCCACUCUCUCUCUCUCUCAGAUCAUUUGUUCUCCCCUCUCUCUCUCUCUCUCUCAGAUCUUUGUUCUCCCACUCUCUCUCUCUCUCAGAUCUUUUGUUCUCCCACUCUCUCUCUCUCAGAUCUUUUGUUCUCCCACUCUUUCUCUCUCUCUCAGAUCUUUUGUUCUCCCACUCUUUCUCUCUCUCUCAGAUCUUUUGUUCUCCCACUCUUUCUCUCUCUCUCUCUCUCUCUCAGAUCUUUUGUUCUCCCACUCUUUCUCUCUCUCUCUCUCAGAUCUUUUGUUCUCCCACUCUUUCUCUCUCUCUCUCUCAGAUCUUUUGUUCUCCCACUCUUUCUCUCUCUCUCUGUCAGAUCUUUUGUUCUCCCACUCUCUCUCUCUCUGUCAGAGCUUUUGUUCUCCCACUCUCUCACUCUCUCUCUGA